GGUUUUUGAGGUUGAUACAUGAGCUAAACUCCCAAGCUCCACUUCACCUUAUUAAUGGCGAUACCCCCCUACACUUAACCACUUAUUUACGCCAUCACAAAUCAAAUCCCUCAAAACUCUAUGUGAGCCUAGCUAAGAACCUUCGCUGUAAAGGUUCCUGCUCUUCCUUUCGGCCUAAGCACCUACAGAUCCGGAGCUAGGUGAAAAAAAUAGCUAAGAUGCACUGUGUUUUCUUGGACUUGGAGGUGUGAAGUUUGCUCUUUUCAAGUGGGCAUUUGGGAUUGUCUCUGGGUUUGGCGUUUAGGGAAAGUUUAUGACUCGUCGAACAAGAAUACUACAACCAUGCUGUGUUGAUUUAGAAUAAAUGGGAUAGGGGAAUGAAGUGGAACCCUGAUGUUAUGCAGCCAACCAUAAUAUAAGUUUCCAGUGAUGUCAAGGAUUGCAAAGUGGAAGCUUGAGAAGACAAAAGUAAAAGUCGUUUUCCGGCUACAAUUCCAUGCUACACAUAUUCCACAAACUGGAUGGGAUAAGCUGUUUAUAUCUUUCAUUCCUGCUGAUUCUGGAAAGGCAACUGCAAAGACAACCAAAGCGAAUGUGAGAAAUGGCACAUCCAAAUGGGGGGAUCCUAUUUAUGAAACUACCAGACUUCUUCAAGACACCAAGACAAGACAAUAUGAUGAGAAGCUCUAUAAACUUGUGCUGGCAAUGGGUUCUUCACGUUCCAGCAUCCUUGGCGAGGCUAACAUCAACCUUGCUGAUUAUGCUGAUGCCUUAAAGCCUUCUGCUGUUGCACUGCCACUUCAUGGAUGCGACUCUGGAACUAUCUUACAUGUCACUGUACAGCUGCUAACUUCUAAAACCGGUUUCAGAGAGUUUGAGCAGCAGAGGGAACUGAGAGAGAGGGGUCUGGAGACAACUUCUGACCAAAGUAGUCAUUAUGAAUCUGCUAGUAGAAAAGUAUCAUCUUCUGGAGAGACUGUCAAUGAUCAGAUGGAUAAGGUUACUGCAAGAGUUAGAUUCAAAAAAGAACCUAAAGAGCUGCCUUCGCUUGAAGAAGAGGUGGGGCUGAAUGAAGAGUACGCAGAUUCAGCUGUUGGGUUUGAUGGCUCAUCCAAUACUUCAGAAAGUUUGUAUGCUGAGAAGCAUGACAUGUCCAGCACAAAUGAAAUUGACAGCCUUAAGAGUACAAUCUCAGGCGAUUUAGGUGGACUCUCCCUUAGUCAAAGUCCUCAGCCAGAGAAAGGGGACCCUUCUGAUAAUAGGUUUUUGACUCAAGGGACUAAUGACUGGGUUCAUGGCUGGAGUUCUGACUAUUCUGCAGACAAUGAAUUGGCAAUCACUUAUGAAGAGAAUAGUAGACUUAGAGGAAGCUUGGAAGCAGCUGAGUCUUCUAUUCUUGAGCUUAAGCUGGAGGUAAGCUCUUUACAUAGUCAUGCUGAUGAAAUAGGUGUUGAAGCACAAAGAUUGGCCCAGCAACUUGCUGCAGAGAUUGCUUCAGGAGAAGAACUGGCAAAGGAAGUUUCUGUAAUGAAAUCAGAGUGUUCAAAGUUCAAAGAUGAUCUUGAACAGCUUAAAAGUUCUAAAUUAAGCCCUCCAUUUAUCAGCAGAGAAUCUAUUGAGACCGACCAGCAUCACUUAUCUCAAGAGUUACAGUUGAGAUGGCUAAAGGGGCUUUUAUUAGUGGAGGAUAAUAUACGAGAGCUUCAAAACAAGGCAUGCUUUGGACGGCAUGAAGGAGACUUCAGGUUCCUGCACUCAGACUUAGAGGCACUGCUUGGUGUUCUGCAGGAUCUCAAACAAGGAAGUGGACAGGCAAUUACAGGGCUCAACUUUCCAAGUGUAAUGGAAAUGAGAGAAAUGAACUUGCGUAGAAGUGAGCCAGUUGUACCAGGAACUGGAUUUGACGCUGACUUGUAUCAACCGGAAGGCAUUCUUCAUUGUCUUAAAAUUCCUAGCCUGGUGUCUCAUGAAUCUGAUUCUGUUGAUGCGACAAAUGCAUUGAAAGGAAAGCUCUUUGAACUUCUAAGGGAGUUGGAUGAGUCAAAAGCUGAACAGGAAAGCCUUGCCAGGAAAAUGGACCAGAUGGAGUGCUACUAUGAAGCUCUCAUUCAGGAACUUGAGGAAACUCAGAGGCAGAUGAUGGGAGAGUUGCAAAGUCUCAGAAAUGAGCAUUCUACUUGCAUGUACACAAUUUCAUCCACUAAGGCAGAGAUGGAGACCACGCACCGAGACAUGAAUGCGCAGCUAAUAAGAAUUGCUGAAGACAAGCGUGAUUUGGAAUCUCUCAACAAGGACCUUGAAAGAAGGGCUAUUACUGCAGAAGCAGCUCUUAAGCGGGCACGCUUGAAUUACUCCAUUGCUGUGAACCAGUUACAAAAGGACCUUGAACUACUAUCUUUUCAGGUUCUAUCUAUGUUUGAGACUAAUCAGAACCUUAUCAAGCAAGCUUUUGCAGAUUCUUCAGAAACAAUCUUUCAAUUGUACCCAGAAACAGUGCAGAACCAGAAAUUGGAUAUAGAGGAACACCAUGCUUCCAAACUCUUGCAGUGUCAGCGUAACUAUACAGGGGUAAAUAAACCAAACUUGGGUGGAUGUGAUCUUCUUGAGGAUUCAAAAAGAUCACUCUUCCUGCAGGAAGGGCAAUGCCAAAAGGUUGACGAUGAAAUCUAUGAAAUUCAUUUUGUGAAUGUAUACUUGGAUAUUUUUUCGAAAACUCUACAGGAGAGUUUGCUUGAAGCAAGUUCUGAAUUUAGACUCAUGAAAGAGAAACUUGAAGAAUGUAAACAGCAGCUGGAGCUUUCGACAGAGUCCAAGGAGUUACUGAUGCUUAGGCUGCAGGAUGCUAUGGAUAAUGUUCAUUCCCUUGAUGAUUACAAGGCAACUUGCAUUACAAAAUACAAUGAGUUGGCUCAGCACAACCAAAUUUUAGAAUCAAAUUUACAAAAUGUUACCCUUGAAAAUCGUCUUCUCAAUCAGAAGAUUACUGAAUGGGAAGCCUUGAUGACGGAAUACAGAAGUUAUGAGAGAAAGUAUGAGGCCUGUGCUGCAGAAAACUUAGAUUUGGAAAAUUUGUUGAACAAAAAAACCCAAGAAAAUGGCAAUCUUGGAAAUGAUAUUUCCUCUUUUCAGGAAGAGUUGAAAGCAGUCAGAGUGGAAUUUGAUGAGCUGACUUCUGAGAAGGAGAAUCUACAGAAUACUAUCAACUUUCUGCAAGAUAAGUUGUCGAAUCUGUUGAGAUCUUUUGACAAAAAGUGUGGUGGACUGUCUCUCUGGAGCGAAUCUUGUUGCGAGGAUUUGGAGUCAACGAACUUAACAGGUGUUCUGUUGCAAUUAGAAGAGCUUCAUCAUACUGCAUUUAAAAAGAUUGUCCAACUCAUGGAAGAGAAGAAAGUUCUAGUGGAUGAAAGAGAUUUGGCUCAAGUGUCUUUAAGAAAAGCAGAAUCGGAUAAUUUGAUCAUGAAACAAAAGUUUGAACAUGACAUGCAGGCUAUAAUGGAUAAAAUAGAUGUGUCUAAUUCCCUGCUGCAGAAAUUUCAACUAGAAGUUGAGGCUAUUGCUAACAGACUCAAGGUUAGCUCUGAAGCUGAAGAAGGAUACACUCAGCAGCACAGAGAACUUUUAUCUGAUCUAGAUCGUUUGGAAGUUGAGCUGCAACAACUUACUUCUAAAAACAAGGAUCUUGCCCAAGAAAUCUUCGUGUUAGAAACUGUAACUGAUGACCUUGGAAGGUGUAAGUUGACCAUAGGAGCAUUUAUGGAAGAAAAAGACACUUUGCUGGUUUCUUUGCAGGAUAAAACGGAGGAAUCUGCCAAGCUUGCAAUGGAGCUUAAUAAUUUGAAAGAAAAUUUGCGAUCUAUGCAUGAUGAGUUGCAUAUCGAGAGAAGUUCCAGAGAUAAAUUAGAGAGUACAGUUUUAAAACUAAAUUCCCAAUUAGAUGAGAAGCAAUCCCAGUUACUACAUCUUGAUCAGCAGAAAGGUGAACUGGUUCAUCUUAAGCAACUGGUAUCAGAUCUAGAAUUAGAAAAAACAAGAGUCUGCCAUCUUUUGUUGGCCACUGAAGAAUGCCUUAAAAGUGUCCAGGAAGAAUGCUGUUCUGUGGAAAUGCAGCUGUGUGAAAUGCAUGAAUUUUUGAUAGGUAUAGAUGUUAGUCUCAUUUUCACAAGAACUCAGUAUGACGCCCGGAUAGAGGAUCUCAUUCAGCAACUUCAAUCUGCAGAUCAGCACCUUGCUGAGCUUCACAAGAAGCAUCUUGAUGAUGAGAUAGUACGUCAUCGUUCUCUUGCUAAUGAAGUCUGUUACGUUGAAGAGAAUGCUAGUUUGUUGACAACGCUUGAUUCCUUAAAGUCUGAGUUAGAAGCCUCUACUGCUGAGAACAGAGUACUUCUUGAUAGAAACAAUGUUUUAACGUCUGAGCUUGAGGAACACAAGAAUAGAACUGAAAAUCUCGAGGCCACUUUCUACGUGCAAAAAAGUCGGCAUGUUCUGGAGGUUGAAAGGCUGGAACACAAGUUAAUGAAUUGUGAAGAAGAAGUUGAUAACCUGAUAUUCUCCAAGGAGGAACUAGAAGUCAAAUCUUUACUACUUAAAGCCAAGUUGGAUGAACAGCGCGCACAUAUAACCUUGCUGGAAGCACAUAAUGAUGAACUGAUAAUGCUGCGGAAGCAAUGUAGUGAGCUUUGCCAGAGGCUUGCUGAACAGGCUUUAAAGACAGAAGAGUUUAAGAACUUGUCCAUCCAUUUGAAGGAGCUUAAAGACAGGGCUGAUGCUGAGUGUCUCCAGGCUCGUGAGAAGAGAGAACCUGAAGGACCACCAGUUGCCAUGCAAGAGUCCUUGAGAAUUGCAUUUAUCAAAGAACAGUACGAGACCAUGCUGCAAGAACUGAAGCACCAGAUUUCCUUCUCCAAAAAGCAUAGUGAGGAAAUGCUGUGGAAAUUGCAAGAUGCAAUUGAUGAAGUUGAGAAUAGGAAGAAAUCUGAGGCAUCUCACUUGAAAAGAAAUGAAGAGCUGAGAUUAAAUAUCUUGGAAUUGGAAACUGAGUUACAGUCGGCACUUACUGAAAAGUGUGAACUAGUGAAUGCCUGUGACAUGAUGAAGGCUGAAAAGGAGUGCUCAUUAAUAAGCCUUGAGUGCUGUAAGGAAGAAAAGCAAGAGCUUGAAGUUUCUUUGCUAAAAUGUAACAAUGAAAAAUCUAAAAUUGCAGCCGAGCUUACCUUGAUGAAAGAUUUUAUAGAAAGUUCCACAUCCCAGAUAAAUAUUCAGAAGGAAGGCUAUGAUAGAUUACUCAAAGCAGAUUGCAUGUCUGAUGAGCCGGUCGGUAGGAAACUCCAGAAAAGUUUAAUUACAGGCAUUUCAAGCAAUGGAAGAUUAAGUAUUGAUGUGGCUCCUGGGAAGAGUCCGACUGAGGAACUGUUUUGUAAGCCCUCUGACCAAGAUAGUUCAUUUAAUUGUGAGGAAGGAGAACAUGCAUGUGCAAUUCCUAUGGAUGAAGCUGACCGUGCAAGUGUCCUCUUGAAUGUGCAACACACGCAGGAUGCUCUUGUAUCUGGAGGUGCGAAUUGUAUGCCAAGUCUUGCACUUGUAAAUCAAGAAGACUUGCUGCACAAUGACAAGAAGCAUUUAUCUCUUACCAAUGAUCACUUAAAAGCCCAAAGUCUAAAGUCUAGCAUGGACCACCUUAAUAAGGAGUUGGAAAGGAUGAAACACGAGAAUUCACUUCUCCCCCAAGGUCAUAAUGAUUUAUACUCAAUUUUUCCAGGUUUACAAAGAGAACUGAUGCUCUUACGCAAGGCAAAUGAAGAUCUGGGAAGCAUAUACCCCUUGUUCAAUGAAUUUGCAUGCGGUGGUAAUUCAUUGGAAAGAGUGCUUGCCUUAGAGAUUGAGCUUGCUGAAGCGCUCCAAGCAAAAAAGAAAUCAAGCUUCCACUUUCAGAGUUCUUUCCUGAGACAACACAGUGAUGAGGAAGCAGUAUUCCAAAGCUUUAGAGAUAUCAAUGAGCUAAUAAAAGACAUGUUGGAACUGAAGGGAAGACAUGCAUCUAUGGAGACUGAACUAAAAGAGAUGCAUGACCGAUACUCUCAACUAAGCCUUCAAUUUGCCGAGGUCGAAGGAGAGCGACAGAAACUCAUGAUGACUCUUAAGAAUGUUCGGGCAUCCAAGAAGGCAGUACUGUUGAAUCGCUCCUCAUCAGCCUUACCUGGGGAGAAUUCCUCCUAGCCACAUAAGCGACUGCUGCCAUCUUGCUUGUUUGCACAAUCCCAGAGAAUCGUUUACCGAGCUAAGAAGUAAAUGCUCUCCCCACACAGAGAGACUGAACAUCCAAAGACUGGAAAGCUACAGCAAUGAUCAAACUGUUUACAAGCUUGGUAUGGGAUGUCAAAAGCUAAGUAGCAGGUAUUUUAUGUAAAUAAAACUGUGCUUGCCGACCAAUUUUCUUUGGUUACUAAUAUAAAAAAUAUAGAUACCUGUAACAUCUUGGCUUUUUUUUUUCCUGCCUCACUGGUGCAAUUCAUUCAGCUGUAUAGUAAAUCAAAAUUUUUGUACGGACAAUAAUUCUAUUUAAAUAUUUAGAAAAAAAAAAAAAUCACAAGAACAUCUUUGUUCUCCCCGCUUUAUGCCUUUCUGGCUUCCAUUUUCUUUUGCUUUCAGAUUUACGUUACACAUGAAUUGCCCCUUUAUUGGUAGUGACGAGGAUGAUAGGCUGGCUUAUGAGUAAAUUACUCCUUUGCUGUUUGAUCCAAAAGAUGUAGAAAAAUCGAAUUUACUUGUAAAACAUUAGGUUGUAUAUGUUGGCCCUCACGUGAGUGGCACAAAUGGCAACAAGAUUUGUCAUGUAAGCAGACUGAU